GAGAAUCCAGGGCUACGGAUGGUUUUCACCCAGAGCAGGACAGUCCGACCAUCGUGUUGGAUUUUAACGGAUGGAUUUAAAACAUCUCUGUUUCUUCCUCGGACGUGGAGAUCCGAUAAUUGGGAAUAAAAGCUAGACACAGACUUGCCUACGACCUACAGUCUGGCUGAAAAUCUAUGGGGGAAAAAUAAUAAAAAUGUGAAUUGUAUAGAAAUCGGUGUAGCUCGCCAGGUAAGACCGAUUUUGCCUUCCAAUAUGGCACGCCGUCGAUUGGCUCAAUCUGAAAGCUUUAAGACGUCGACAGUAAUCUUUGCUCUGCUAUUUUAAAACGUGGUUUCAUUGUUGUUGAAAUAUUUUCAUUUUGAGAUUGAGCGCUGACAAUUUGUAUUCGAGCCAAUUUCAGUUCAUUGUGCUGCAAACAGAUCUCCAGCACUCGUUGUGAAUCAGGAAGGAGAAGCCUUUCUUGAUAGUUUAUGUUAGGUGGCAGACUAUUAUGGCCAUGUAUUAACAGUGGACACUGAGUGAACAACCCAUAGCCUUAUUACUUGAAUGCAUAUUCCCAUCAGUCUUACAUUAGACUUUCCCCCUAUAAGCCGCUCCAUUUAUUGAACUUAAUGGCUUCAGACACUUGUUUGCAUCGAUGGGAUUUAUUUGCAUUCUCUUUAGACAUCCUCAUGGAAAGACAAUGAGAGGUACACGAUCAUAAUAGCAGUCUAGAUCAACAUAAAAAGCGGUUUUAAAUCCCAAAAAACGCUGGAAAACGCACCCCUGUGCUCACAAUUUCGACAUAUGAAGAGGUGUUAGCUUAUGAAGGGGACACAAACAGUACUCAUCCUCCAGCACCUUUGCACGGUGCUGUGAUCUUUGGCAGUACAGAGCCCGAUGCUGCGCAGCCGGGGCAUGCUGAAGAGCCGCUGUUGCGUCCUGCUUGGUGACCUGAGGGUGCUCCUUCUGGGGCCACCGGCACCGCCAACACCGCUCCCUCCAUUGACCCCCAUGAGCGGCCAAUCUUCGGAAAGCCAUGAGGCAACCGUCAACGUCCCCGACAAUAACAACACGUUAACGCGGAGCCACCAGCACGCAGAGGACCGAACUGCAUCGUCUACGGCCGGAGCCACCGGACAACUAGGUGGAGAACGAUCGGUGGCGGGCUGGGUUGAUGCUGCAGAACUGACUGCGGCCCUGCGUGUCUGCAGCAGCUCUUCUGAUGACUGCUCAAAGGGCAAACUAGAGGAAAGAUUCUCUCUUACCAGCUACACAGAAAGUGGCUUCAGAACGCCCGUGUGCAGGAUCUGCUUCCAGGGACCAGAACAUGGGGAGCUCCUGAGUCCAUGUCGAUGCAGCGGGUCAGUACGCUGCACCCACCAGCCCUGCCUCAUCAAAUGGAUCAGUGAGAGAGGUUCUUGGGCCUGUGAGCUCUGCUACUACAAAUAUCAGGUCAUUGCCAUCAGCACCAAGAAUCCUCUACAGUGGCAGGCCAUCUCCCUGACAGUGAUAGAGAAAGUGCAGAUAGCAGCAGCCAUCUUGGGUUCCCUGUUCCUGAUGGCCAGUAUCUCCUGGUUGGUGUGGUCAUCUUUCAGCCCGUCAGCCCGCUGGCAGCGUCAAGAUCUGCUUUUCCAGAUCUGCUACGGCAUGUACGGCUUCAUGGAUGUGGUCUGCAUCGCACUAAUUGUCCACGAGGGACCUUCUGUGUUUCGCAUCUUCCACCGCUGGCAGGCCGUGAACCAGCAGUGGAAGGUACUGAACUAUGAUAAGUCUAUGGACAGUGAUGACUUGAAGGAUGCCCCUGUGGACAGGACUCUGUCUCAGCCCAGCCAGGGCUACCAAACGGGGAUAGGAGUAUCCACCUCCACCUCUUCGCUGAUGGUGGUGGCUUCCACAGCCGCAGGCUCCACUUCUACAACCGUGGUGACGACUGCAGGAGGAUUUGGAGGACAUGUGGACCCUGACAGUGGCAAUGCAGUGCCAGACCAACACUGUCCCUACAACAUCCUCCACUUACUGAGCCACCUGAGGCAGCCGGAGACCCGCAGCCAACCCAGCAAUAGCACAAGAGAGUUGGUCAUGAGAGUCACUACAGUCUGAGGAGUCAGUUGAGGCCUUAUCUCACAUGGAGGUGAACGAUUUCUGAACCAGCUGACAGUUAAAAACAAGAACAAUCUUAACUGCACUGGAUUGAUAACAUGUUUUGUUUAUUUAAAAAAUGCAUCUCUGAUGUCCUUAAAUUGAUUGAAUAAAAUUUAAAGUGAUUUGA